CUGCUGCAGGGGAGCCGGGCCGGGCUGGACACAUGUUUCCCAUUGAUAGCUGGAGACAGCCCAGUAGCUCCGCGUUGGCCUGACAAAGCCGUAUUGAAGUGCAGACAGAGUACAGUUUCAAAGCAGGCAGCAAGAGAACGGGAAUGCUGUUCAGGAAAUUCUUCAGGCAUGGGCAGGGCCUUGGCUGCAGUUCCACAGUUGGAAAAUCUGACUGGGGCAGCUUCUGAACACGGGCUGGGCCUGCUCGCACUCGGCAGGCCCCAGCCGUCUCCGUCACAGCCUCUCAGCACACUCCGGACCGAGGGCCAUUUCACAGCUGCCCGGGAAGCAGACAAGAGAGAUGCCUCAGGAACAGUACACACACCACCGGAGCACCAUGCCCAGCUCCGAGGGGCCACAGGUGUACAAAGUGGGGAUUUACGGCUGGCGGAAAAGAUGCCUGUAUUUCUUCGUCCUGCUGCUGAUGAUUUUAAUACUGGUCAACUUGGCCAUGACCAUCUGGAUUCUCAAAGUCAUGAACUUCACAAUCGAUGGAAUGGGAAACUUGAGAAUCACAGAAAAAGGUCUAAAGUUAGAAGGAGACUCAGAAUUCUUGCAACCUCUCUACGCCAAAGAAAUCCAGUCCCGACCGGGUAAUGCCCUAUACUUCAAAUCAGCCAGAAACGUGACAGUGAACAUUCUCAAUGACCAGACUAAAGUGCUAACUCGGCUGAUAACAGGUCCAAAGGCUGUAGAAGCCUAUGGCCAAAGGUUUGAAGUAAAGACAGUUUCUGGAAAAUUGCUCUUCUCUGCAGAUAGCAAUGAAGUAGUCGUCGGAGCUGAGAGAUUACGAGUUUUAGGAGCAGAGGGCACCGUGUUCCCCAAAUCAAUAGAGACACCUAACGUCAGGGCAGACCCCUUUAAGGAACUAAGGUUGGAGUCCCCAACCCGGUCUCUGGUGAUGGAGGCCCCAAAAGGAGUAGAAAUAAAUGCAGAAGCCGGCAAUCUGGAAGCCACCUGCAGGACAGAGCUGAGACUGGAGUCCAAAGAUGGAGAGAUUAAGUUAGAUGCUGCGAAAAUCAAACUACCUAGGCUGCCUCACGGAUCCUACACACCCACAGGAACGAGGCAGAAGGUCUUCGAGCUCUGCGUCUGCGCCAAUGGGAGACUAUUCCUGUCCCAGGCAGGAACCGGUUCCACUUGUCAGAUAAAUACAAGUGUCUGCCUUUGAGAGACUCUCCACAGUGGACGCUGUCGGCAGCAGAAGGCCUUUUUCUGGCUUCAGACACGGGCUGCCAGCUAUUUUUACUAGAACACAGAAAGCCUAUCAAAGACCUUAUGUGUGUGCGCGCGCGUGUGCUUGGGUGAGUGUGUGUGUGUGUGAGUGAACGGAUAUAAAUAUAUAUAAAUAUAUAUAAAUAAAUAUAUAUAUAUCCUCUGUAUAAAAUGAGGUUUCAGUACAAAAGGAACCAUGGGUGACCCUGUGAUACCAUCAUUUCCAUCCCCACCCUACCACCUACAAGAAAAAAAAUCAAAACACUUAUCAGGCUCUGCACCCCGAGAUCCUUCAGAAUCACUUAGUGUUAUCAGACACUCACCAAACAGCAUCCACACCUCCUUUAGUGUCAUUUAAGGGCAGUGAUGGCGGGAAUCUCCAGGUCAUGCUCAAGCGCUGAGACCCGGGGAUUAAAAAUGGGCAUUUGGUUUCCUUUUGCAGCUGGAGUGAGGCUGGAGACUCCUCCCACAGAAGUCAACCAUGGAAACCCAAUGGUUGGUCUGCCUCUGCAGUCAAAUAUUUGGAUGAAUGAGGAGGAGGAGGAAUUUUCGCAGUGUAAACUGCUCACCCAACUCCUCUCUUCCUUCCUUCAAACUCACAUAUAACCCCCUAGUCAAAACAGGAAUCAUAAAUCAGCACAAAGUCAGAUAACAGCUGCUCUUCAGUUGGCUGGAAGCUACUCUAUGGCCUUCCAGGCAAAGAGUAAUGGGUGAUCAUCUCUGUUUAAAAGGGGGAAAUGGCUCAAAUUCUGUUCUGUCCUCAUUUCUAACUUACUCAAUAGACUCCAACCCAAAAUUAUAGCAUCAAUCAAAAUUAACAAGAGUGGAACCUCAAACCCCAAGAGGAGCCAUUUGCAGAUGGAAGUCUAAGAGCAACCUAAAUAUUUUUAUAUUUUCUUAGGAUUGGUAGGUAGAGCCACACACUCACUGACUUUGACUUUGAUCUUCUUAUAUAUUUUUUGCGGUGUAAGGAUAGUCAUAUUCUGAAAUCCACCAUUAUGUUUCCUCCAAGAAUAACAGAUCUAAAGCACUACACACCACCCACCCAAAGGCUUACUGAUGUAUAGCAUAAACUGAAUCAAGUAUCUUUAUCAGAAUCACUGUGCCCCCACUCCCUCAACUGUGGAAACAACUAAUUCCCGCCAUCAGCUACCACCCAUCACUCCACCUUCAUCAUCAUGCUCCAGGGUCACCCUGGCCAGCUCUUGUGCUGGGACAGGGGAUUACACCAUCUCUGUUCAAAGAGGGGGAAAUGUGCCUAUGCCUUAAGUCAAUGCACUCAGCAAGGAGAAGCACAUCCUAUUUAUCUUAUCAUUUCCUGUAGUUUAUUUUGGGUGAUUGGAAGGGGAUGGUUUAGUAGUGACUGGGCAUCUUAAAAGCAGGUUGACAAGCCAAGUGCAACACUGCAUAGAUCAUGGUAACACACUUGGCUUAGAUAGUCCUGGUGUGGCCCCCCCAGACCUAAAUGAAGUAUUUAUAGGCCUGAAUGGCAUCUUUUUGUUUCUCAGCAAGGUCCUAAUUUUUUAUUUCACAAGCAGGGUAAGAUUUGUCAUAGGAGAUAAAAU